AUGAAGCUGCUCCACAUCGCACACUUUUUCCCUGGAGUUCAGUUACUUCCAGCCAUAGUUCCUCUUUGCCAUGCACUGGUCGCACAGCCCAAUAUCUACGAAGUAGAUGUCGCCAUCAUUGGCGGCGGACUGGCCGGUCUCUCGGCCGCCAAGGAUCUUGCAGCCGCCAACAAGACCUUUGCCAUACUCGAAGCACGAGAUCGAGUGGGUGGCCGUGUGCUCAACGCCGAAUUGCCAGGAGAACACGCCGAAGAGCUAGGCGCCGAGUACGUGGGGCCCACUCAAGACCGCGUUCUCGCUCUCGCAGCCGCGCUUGGCCUGCCGACGUAUAAGACAUACACAGUAGGACAAUCAACCUUUUAUCGCAAUGGCACAGUGCGUCAUUAUCAAGAUCAGCUGGGUGGUGUUCCGCCCGUUCCCAUAAACUCGCUUGUCGAACUUGCACUUUUCAUGAACGAUAUCAACACCCUUGCAAGCAAAGUCGACCUGGAAGCCCCGUGGAAGACCCCAAAUGCUACGGUGCUGGAUUCGAUGACUCUAGAAACGUAUAUCAACUCUAAACUAUCCACCCCUGACUCACGCGCCCUUCUUGACAUCGCCAUCCCAGCUAUCCUGUCGACCGAGGUGAAAGAGCCGUCAUUGCUGUAUGCACUGUGGUGCAUCGCGGCCGCUGGAGAUGAAACCGGACCCGGGACCAUCAAUCGUCUCAUCGGUGUAGACGGGGGUGCCCAGGACAGUCGAAUUCAAGGUGGGAGUCAAUUACUUGCCAUCAAGCUUGCCGAGAAACUAGGAUCGCAAAAGAUCAUUCUCAACACACCUGUGCGCAAAGUCAAGCGCGAAAAGGGCAAGUAUACCAUCACCGCAGACACCGGAAUUAUCUCCGCUAGAUAUGUUAUCGUUGCCAUGUCUCCACCGCUGGUAAGUCGGAUUAUAUUCGAGCCACCACUGCCUGCUGGGCGAGAUCAAUUGAACCAACGCAUGCCGAUGGGAUCCAUCGGAAAAGCAAUUGCCAUCUUUCCGCGGCCCUGGUGGCGGGGCCAGGGACUUAAUGGAGCAGGUGUCAGCGAUACCGGCGUGAUCCGGGUGACGUACGACAACACCCCGGCGGAUGCAUCCUUCGGAGCGCUAAUGGGGUUUAUUGAGGCGGACGAGAUGCGCAAACUUGAUACUGCCAGCGAGGAAGAGGUCAAGCGCCAAGUCAAGCAGAGUUUUACAAAUCUAUUUGGUCCGCGGGUGGAAACUGCUACCGAUAUCCUCAUUCAACGAUGGGAUCUUGAAGAGUUUUCCCGCGGUGGCCCGGGGGCUUUCAUGCCGCCGGGGGUUCUGACACAAUAUGGGUCCCAUUUGCGCGCCCCAGUCGGGGGGAUCCAUUUUGCUGGCACGGAGACUUCACUAAGAUGGAUUGGAUAUAUGGAUGGAGCUAUUGCCUCAGGGGAACGCGUUGCCGGGGAGAUACUGAGCUCCUGUUUUGACUGUGGAUUCCAUUAA